UUUCCCUUUCCAAAAAACUCCCUCUGGGAGGAGAAAAAGAGGCUCACGCGCUGGCCGGCUCAGCCUGGCCGGGACAGAAGGGCCGAGGGAGAGGCAGAGAGAGAGAGAGAGGGAGAGAGGCGCCUCCGCUUUCCUUCACACCUUGAACCGGUCGGGUUGUUUUUCCUCUUUGGCGCCUAGUGGGAUGAAGCUCCUGCGCUGAGUGCCCUUGCCUCCAGAGAUGCUGCCGCCUCCACCCCCAGCGCUGCCCGCGGCCCCAUGGGCUUCUCUGGGAGCUUGAGGAAGAGGCGGAGGAGGACAGGGGAAAGGGGGCGAGGAAGGCAGCCUUCCCCGGGAGCGGCGCGUGCGGAUCUUCUCCCUCGCGCACCAUGCGCCCGCGCGCCGGGCCCUUCCUGGCUCCAGGCCGCCGCCCGCGCCCCUUCCCCGCCGCCCCUCGGCCCCAGAGGCUCCCGCUGCUCCUGCCAGGAGGACGUCCCUGGAACGGGUUGACAGGGCAAUAAGAAGAAGACGAAGGCGAAGGCGAAGAAGGACCCGCGUCGGCGCUGAGGGACUUCGCUUGGGCGAAAGAGGAGGGCGUCUUUCUCCCCUUCCUCCUCCUCUUCUCUCUCCUCCUUCCUCUUCCCCCCCAAAAAGGACCCCGCGGGAGGUGAACUUUUCACAGGGUUACUAUGCAAUUGCGACUGGUGUCUUGGGUCUUUAUCGCGUGGAACCUGAUGGAAUCCGUCGGCAGCCGGCAAACCCCGUCCAGAGUCCGGCGGCAAGGAAGAAUGUAUCGCAAUAUGAGCCAAGAUUGCCCAGUAGGAUGUGCAACAUGUUCUGAAUACAAUGGAUGCAUGACAUGUUUUCCACGACUCUUUUUUCAUCUGGAGAGGAGAGACAUUAAACAGAUAGGCAAGUGCGUUUCAUCCUGUCCCUCUGGACAUGUUGGACAACGAUCCCCAGAAAGAAAUGAGUGCAUAAAAUGUAAAGAUGACUGUGAAGUCUGCUUCAAUAAAAAUUUCUGCAUUAAAUGUAAAAAUGGGUUUUAUCUACACCAUGGAAAGUGCUUUGAAAACUGCCCUGACUGGCUGGAACCCAACAAUCAUACUAUGGAGUGCGACAAUAUUGUACAUUGUAAAGUUCAUGAGUGGAGUGCAUGGAGCCCUUGCACAAGGAGAGGAAAAAUAUGUGGCUUCAGAAGAGGAAAUGAAACAAGGGUCAGAGAAAUCAUUCAGCUUCCUUCUAUAAGAGGCAAACUAUGUCCGCAUACAAUCGAAACAAGAAAAUGUGUUGUACAAAGAAAGAAAUGCCCAAGAGAACCAGGGAGAAGAAAGGAAAGGCGGAAAAAGCCAAAGAGGGGAGAAAGCAAGGAAACCAGUCAGGAAAACAGAGGCCGGGAAGCAAGGAGACAAAACCGAGAACGGGAAAACAAAAGUAAAACACAACCCAAGAAAAGAAGAACACAGGAUAAAGAGAUGAAACUAGCACCCAUAAGCACUGCACACUAACCGCCUAACACCACUGUUUUAAAGACUUUUGCUGCUGCUAUCUCCACCAGGUCCCUGGGCCUGGUGCUCCCCAGUUAAGCCACAAAUGGACUAUAUUACCAGUUUUAGUAAAUCUUAACCAACAUUCCAAAUAAUUUCUAUUAUAUUCAUCAUGCAGUCACAUUUUAUUCAAGAGACUGGCAUGAGCCAAGAUUUUGGUGGAAAAUGGGAUACUUUCAAACUGUUAUAUUAAAUGCUUCCAUGCAUCUCUAAGAGACAACUUAAAGUUUUGUAUAUAAGUAUCAAUAUGGUAUAAGUCAUAGCAAUAUAUUGAACGACAUCUGGAAAAAACAUCUUUUUCCUUUGUAAAAAUAUUUCCCCAAUCUAUUGUUUAUGAAGCAAGAAAUAUCUAAGUAAAAGAUGCAGUAUCCCUAUGCACAUACUUAUAUAUGUUACAUACAAAUCAAAGGAGGAAAUCUCUCGAGAAGUUGUGGGAACUGAAAGUUUGAUAACCCGCAGUCUAUUGGAACUUUGUGGUUGCCUGGAUUUCAUCCCAGAGUGAAGUCAGAAACUCCAGAACGAACUGCUCCUGGACUCUGAAAGCAAAGGGAGAAAAGAAGUAGAAGCAACAGUAAACAUGUUAAGGGCUCUUCUGAAAGACCAGCAAUGGCGCUUAGCUAUGCAGCGCUCCUAUCUGCAGGACAGCACAAUUUUUUUCAGGUCUAAACUAUACCUAUACAGAGUGUGCUGUUCUAUGCUUUGUGUAACUCUGUGUAACUCAAAUCUAAAAAUUUCAGAUCCUCCAGUGACUGACAAAUUAUAUUUGUAGAAAACAGACAAAAACACUGAGUGAAUAAAGAACAGAGAAAAAUAGACCACAUAUAUAA